AUGACGGUCUCUCCAACUCUACGGAUAUCUCGCUCACUAGGACGGCUUCCGUCAGAUCCUGAGGCCUUGGUAGCUUUCGUAAAGCGGUCUGUAUCGCAUAAAGUGAUGGACGCGUCGAUGUGGAAUGGCAUUGCCUCGCGCUCGAUGGCUAUGGGAGACGUUCUUAGUGGGCAUCAGUUUACUGCUGUGGUGCGAGGCUUCAAUAAGAUGAACUUCGGCCACAGCGAUAUUUACCCCUUUCUUGAGUCGUUCGUUCCUCCACGAUUACCGCGGUUCACACCAAUAGAUCUGUCACAUCUCAUUGGUGGAUAUGUCCACGUGGCUCAUCGUAGCGACGAGGGCUUUUUGAAAACGUGUGCUGAUGAUUUAUCGUGUGAUAGAAGGAAGUUGGCGAGCAGCGCGGGUAACGUACAUGGACAGAACGACUGGUAUGCUUGGGAGAAUCUUUUGGUCGCGUACGGAGAUGCAGGCGUGAAGCAUAAGAAGCUCUUCGAGACGGCUGCGCCCAAGCUAUAUGAUAGUGUCCAUCUGUUGAAUGGUAGGGAUUGUGGUCGCAUAUUGGGAGCGCUUAUCAAGUGUGGAUUCGUACAUAAGAAACUUGUGACGCUGAUACGCAAAGCCUUGCCAACCAUCAGCUGCAGUACGGAGGAGUUACAGGAGAUUUGCCGCUUAUUGAACAGCAUGGGAAUUCAUGAUGAUUUUGCUGAGAAACUUUUGCGAUAUCGCAAGGCGGAAGUUUUAGAAGAUGUCGUUUCGUGA